AUGAGCUUCUCUGUGGUCGUCGCUCUGCUCUUCGGCGCUCUUUGCGUCUGUUCGCGCGUUCACGCCCAUGUAGAUAUAGUUGUUGCUGCCUGUCAGACCGGUGACGUUGACCCUGAGGAUGAACUAGAGCUGGAUGGAGAUGAGAUGUUGCACUUGGAUUUUAAAACAAAAGAACUGGUGUUCACAAUGCCUGAGUUUACCGGAAAGUGGAGGGCUGAAGGUUGGGCUCAGCGGGCACUGGCGGACCAUCAGACUUGCUUGAACAACCUGAAUGUGAGUAUUCAGGCUGAAAAGCUACCUGAAGAGAUCGAUCCUCCUCAAGUCACAAUCUAUCCCAGGAAUAAGGUUUUACUUGGCAGAAGCAACACAUUGAUCUGCUUUGUGAACAACUUCUACCCACAAAGUGUGAAAGUGAAGUGGACUAAGAAUGAGGUGGAGGUGACAGAGGGGGUCACUCUGAGUCGCUACUACCCCAACAAGGAUUUCACCUUCAGACAGUACUCUACUGUACCCAUCAUCCCACAGGAGGGGGAUGUUUACUCAUGCUCUGUGGAGCACAAGGGGCUUCGUGAACCUGAAACCAGGCUCUGGGAUGGCUUUUCGUAUCAUUUCCAAAGUGAAUGUCGGUACAGCUCCGAGGACCUUAAAGACCUUGAGUAUAUCAGCAGGUACAUUUAUAACAAAUUAGAGUAUAUAAGAUACAACAGCACUCUGAACAAGUUUAUUGGGUACACGGAACACGGAGUGAAAAACGCAGAGAGAUUCAACAAAGAUGGAUCUGCAGACCAAGCUCACACCGACGUGGAUGGGUACUGCAGGCACAAUGCUGAGCUGUACUUUAAGAACAUACUUUGGCAUACAGUUGAACCUUCUGUAGAGGUUUUAUCUGUAAAAUCUGGCAGUCAGAGACACUCCACUAUGCUGGUGUGCAGUGCAUAUGACUUCUACCCAGAGGGAAUCAAACUGACUUGGCUGAGAGAUGGGAAGGAGGUGAAGACUGAUGUGACUUCCACUGAAGAGCUCUAUGAUGGAGACUGGUACCAUCAGAUACACUCUUACCUGGAGCUCACACCCACAUCUGGAGAGACCAUCGCCUGCCAGGUGGAGCACAGCAGCCUUCCAAAGCCCAAGAUCUACAACUGGGAUCCCUCAAUGUCUGAUGGAGACAGAAACAAGGUGAUCAUUGGGACUUCUGGACUGGUUUUGGGACUGAUCCUCUCACUUGCUGGAGUGAUUUACUACAAAAAGAAAUCAACAGGUAGAAUCCUGGUGCCAACAAGUUAAGAUAUCCUCAAAUGUCAAAUGGAGAGCAGCUUUGUGGAACUGAGAGGACAGACUUUAUCUUUCAUUACAAUUACUGUUACUUUUUGGCAGUCGGUUUCUUUUUUUUUUUUUUUUUUUUUAAAUUUUCAGCACAGAUGGAAAUGUUGGAAUUAAUAUGUAAAAUAAGUGUAACAAGAAGGUGACUGGUAGGAUUGCUUUGUUUUCU